CCCCAUUGCUUCUCUCAUAUCAUCACACUCCCCACCUCUCUCUCCUCUUUCAAACAUUCUCUCACUACUACUAUCCCUUUUCAUUUAGAGAGAGAGAGAAAAAUGGCAAUUCCUUCACUACUCUCUCUCAUCUUCUUCUUCCUCUUCCUAACCUCAACCCUCAUUUCCUCCUCCCCUGUUGAGGACCCUGAGCUUGUAGUACAAGAAGUGCACAGGAGCAUCAAUGAGUCAAGAAGGAAUUUGGGUUACCUGUCAUGCGGCACUGGCAACCCCAUUGACGAUUGCUGGCGGUGCGACCCCAACUGGGCAUCGAAUCGCCAGCGUCUCGCAGACUGCGCCAUUGGUUUUGGCAAAAACGCCAUUGGUGGCCGUAAUGGCAAAAUCUACGUGGUCACAGACUCCGGCAACGAUGAUCCAGUCACCCCAAAACCCGGGACCCUCCGGUACGGGGUCAUCCAAUCGGAGCCACUGUGGAUCAUUUUUGCACGUGACAUGGUCAUCCAAUUAAAAGAAGAGCUGAUCAUGAAUUCCUUCAAAACAAUCGACGGUCGAGGAGCGAGCGUACACAUCGCCGGUGGUCCAUGCAUUACCAUACAGUACGUAUCGAACAUCAUCAUACAUGGGAUUAACAUUCAUGAUUGUAAGCAAGGAGGGAAUGCUAUGGUGCGGGACUCCCCAGGACAUUACGGGUGGAGAACUAUAUCAGACGGUGAUGGAGUGUCGAUAUUUGGUGGGUCCCAUAUUUGGGUUGAUCAUUGUUCGUUGUCGAACUGUGUUGAUGGUUUGAUUGAUGCGAUUAUGGGGUCCACUGCGAUCACGAUUUCGAAUAAUUAUAUGACGCACCAUGAUAAGGUCAUGCUGCUGGGGCACAGCGAUUCAUAUACCAAAGACACUGGCAUGCAAGUCACUAUAGCUUUUAAUCAUUUCGGGGAAGGUCUUGUUCAAAGAAUGCCAAGGUAAACAUAGAAAUUAUUUUCUAAAAUAUAAAU